GCCGCCUCGCACCCCCCGCCGCCGCCCGGGCAGCGGCGGCGCUCCGCGAGCGACAGCGGCCUGCACAACAUGCCGCCGCCGCCCGCGCCGCUCCCGCGCGGCAUCGCCCCCGCACCCCUGCACGGCGCGCGGCAGCUGCCGCCCGCACGGCGGCAGGCACGCCGCGUCUCGGAUCCCAGCGGGGGCGCCCGCGCUUGGCUGCGGGGGCUCGCGGGCGCCCUGGAGGACCAGCUCAGUGGGCUGGCGCACAGGGAGCGCCCAGAAGGCGGCGGCUGGAGCGCGCCCGUGGGCGGCGCCGCAGGAUUCCUCCGCGCAUCCCGGCGUCAGCCCGCUGGCGCACCUCCUCCUCCCCGAGGGCAGCCGCCGCCGGGCCAUCCGAGGGCGAGGCGCAAGUCGGCACCGGAGCUCGGGGCUGUCCCGUGCGUGCUCACCGGGGCUCAGCGCCCCCUCGAGCCAGCAG